AUAUUAUGCUUAUAUUUUUCACUAACACUUAAGAUUAGAAUUUCUUUAAUCUUCUUGCUGAAAAAAAAAAGUUUUAGUGUAUAUCUACAUUAAUGCAGAAAGUUCAGUGAAAAGGGCAAUUGAGUUGCACUUUGCACUUCCUCGCACAUUCUUAUUAACCUCUAUGUGGUAUUUUGUGAUAUCAACAAUAUUGAAGAGAUAUUAUUGAAAUUAAUAUUUUUCAAAAUGCAAAGCGCACGUCCUCUUUUCACACAUCUCCAAAUAUAUAGAUGUAUCAGUUCGUCCAACGUAAAUUCUAAUUUCGCGAGAGAAGGUAAAUUUAUGAAGAAAAUGUUGGAGAAAAGUAGUAAGUCGAAUAGAAAUUGGUACAAACUAGGCACAAAUUUUCGUGACACCAAGAAUGUGUCUGGUCCAACCAUCAGGUUACCAUCUAUGCACACGAAACGCAGAAUGACUAUUCGAAAUAAACUUUUCAUGGAACACAUAACGGACCAAAUAGCAAUGGGAGAAGCGUCCGAUAUUAUUAAUGGAGCCAUAGAAAUUACUCAUGUGGAGAUAACUCCUGAUUUCAAACACGUCAAUAUAUUUUGGAAUCAUACUGAUAUACCUAUUAGCGAAGAAUCAUUAAAAAAGUGUGCUAAGAUUAUUCGGCAUGAAUUAUCACAGCUUCGAGUUAUAGGUGUGGUGCCUCCUAUACAAUUUGUGGCAAAUCGGCAGCAAAUGAUAAAAGAUGAAGUAGAAAAAAAAUUAGCGAUAAUAGAAUCUGAUAUUGAAAAUCUUGAAAUUUUGUCGUUUUCCGAACAAAUGGAAUUAGCUAAUUCACAUAUUAAUCAGGCUUCGCACAAAAUAUCAGUUGUGAAUGAUAAUCCUGAAUCAGAUGAACCUCACAUAGAAUUACCAAUGAUGAGGCAUGAUGUAUUAGGACUAGAUCAUCAUAAAAUGAUGACUCAGAUCAUUGUUUCAAUGUCUAAAUCGAAAAAAGCUAUAGAAAGACGUAUGUUGAAUAUGAAUAUUGACACAGAUAACAGUCCAUGCAAUGACACUUCUGACAAAGUUGCGGACUUUUUGACAAAGAACGAGGAAAAAGAGCUCUUCAAGGAAUUUUUGGACAAAAGACGGAAAGAGGCAAGACACAAAUAUCGUAUGAAACAAUUGCCCAAUCAGCAAUUAUUGGACUGUUCUGAAGAAGAAAUGGAUCAUGAAGAAAAUUAUAACGAGAAAUACAAUUUCGAAGAUGAAUACUAUGAUGACUUCGAAGAUGAGAAGUAAAUCAUAAAAAGGUUUUUCUUUCGAAACGAAUUUAUUGUUCAAUGUAAAUAUAAUACUAAGAAGCUCAUUUUAUAUAUAUAUAUUUAUACAUAUAUAUACACACACACACGUAUGUAUAAUAAAUAAUUAUUAGUAAAUUACAUUGAGAGAAACAAUAUACAUGAGUUUUUGCAUUGGUGUGCGCGCGCGUUCGCACGCGGGUUUGUAUGACAAAACCAACUAUUAACAAAAAUAUUGAAAUCGCUAGUUUCUGAAUUCAGUUUGUAUUAAUAAAAUUAAAACUAUAUAUAUACACAUUAUAGGAUUAUUUUGCACUUCGUAAAAGCUCUUGAUUUUUGCUCCCUUAUUCUGUAACUUGUAACAAAAAUUUCGUUAUCGUUAACGUAUUGUUGUUGAAGCUACUUUGUAAUAUAUCUUGUCUGUGCAGAUUUGUAACGCAUACGUCGAAAGUUGCAGAAUAAGAGCGCCGAUUUCUUUAAAUUUCUUUAUAACAUUAGCUAAUUGUAUAGUAAAUGACAAUUAUAAAGAAUAACAAUAGGUCUCAAUUAUGGCAAGAUCACAUUCUAUUCCUCUAAUACUUUUCGCGCAUUUGCAGUGAAAUAUAUCAUAUUAUAGUUUCCAAGAUUUGAAACAAAAUAACUUGGUAAUCCUAUGGUAUAUUAAUCUAUAAUCACAAUUAUCACAUAAAAUCAGCGUCUGUCAUUUGUAUGUUACUAGAUUAUACAUCUUACACUGCGUUGUGAUAUAAACGCAGAAUUUAAAACGCGUAUCUAUUUAGUAUAUAUUUAAUGUAUCGCACAGAAUCCUCGACUAUAUUUUAAUACAUA